AUGGGCGGGGUGGGUAAGACAACCCUUGCACGACUUGUUUAUGACGAUCUAAGGAUGAAGGAUCAUUUUCAACAUAAAGCUUGGGUGUGUGUUUCUGAAGAAUUUGAUGUUGAUCACCUCACAAAAGCAAUUCUUGAGUCACUUGAUUGUCCAACUAAACCAGAUUUUCACUCAAAUCAGUCUGAGCUAAAAGAGACAUUGAUGGGCAAGAAAUUUUUUCUCGUUCUUGAUGAUGUCUGGAAUUGUCAAAGUUGGGAGGUUUUCACAGCUCCUUUGAGACAAGUAGCACCACAGAGUAAGAUUCUUAUCACAACCCGUGAUAAAACGGUAGCAGAAGUUAUGUGUUGUACUUCUACAUAUCCUUUGAAGCCGUUACAAGAUGGAGAUUGUUGGAAUUUAUUUGUGAAACAUGCAUUUAACAACCAACCCAAUGCUGUUGAUCCAGAUCUUGUACGGAUUGGUAAAGAAAUCAUAAAGAAAUGUGGAGGAUUGCCUUUAGCAACAAAAACACUGGGAAGUUUGUUGCAGAUAAAACUCUCUUUUCAACACUGGAAUAAGAUUUUGAAAAGUGAGCUUUGGGCAUUGUCAGAAGAUCGUAGCAAUAUUAUUCCAUCUUUAAGAUUAAGCUACCACUAUUUACCGUCAAAUCUAAAACGUUGCUUUGCAUAUUGCUCCAUCUUUCCCAAAGAUUAUGACAUAGACAAGAAUGACCUAAUCCAAUUGUGGAUGGCAGAUGGUUUAAUAUAUCCAACUCAGAGAAGUACGAGCCUUGAAGAAACAGGUGAUGAAAUUUUCAAAGAUCUAGAGUCUAGGUCUUUUUUUGAGCCAUCAAAAAGAGGUGGUGAUUACUUCAUCAUGCAUGAUCUUCUGAAUGAUUUAGCAAAAUCUGUGGCAGGAGAGUUUUUUGUGUUGCUCGAUGCUGCUCAGACACAAGAUAUGUCAACCAAGACUCGCUACCUUUCAUAUAUAAGAUGCAAAAGUGAUAAUGUUGACAUGUUUGAGAAAGUUUUAAAAUGCCACCAAUUACGUAGUUUCAUCCAAUUUGACAGUCUUAGCAUUGGCGAUGAUAUAAUGUCCAGGCUUUGUCGUCUCAAGUACAUACGACAAUUAUCUUUGAAUGGAUCUCAAAAUCUGAGAAGCUUGACAGAUGGCAUUAGCAAUUUAAAGCACCUGCAUUAUUUGGAUCUUUCGUUCACUUCAGUUAAGAAAUUGCCGAAUUCAAUAUGCUUGUUGAUUAAUUUACAAACAUUGAAAUUAAGAGGCUGUCAUGACUUGACUGAGCUGCCGUCAAAUUUGUACAAACUCAUCAACUUGCGUCAUCUUGACUUGGAAGGCUGUGGCAUACGGAAGAUGCCAAGAGGUAUGGGAAAGUUAAAUCAGCUCCAAACAAUGAAUCAGUUUGUUGUGGCAAAAAAGGAGGAUCAAAUAUAA